AUGUGCUUCACACAGAAGACUAUCCACACAGUAUGUGCCCAUUCCGCGGUAGAACUGAUCGAGUGCAGAAAGUUUAUCGAGAACAAGAACAAGACUGACCGCAAUGCUUGCAUUGCACCUCUCUGCCAGCACACCCAGGCCUUGGCCACCGUCCUCGGCUUCUGCCAAAACUGCGAGGCAUUCUAUAGAGACAGUGACGUUUCCUCCGUCAGCUCUUCGGAACUGCUCGAAAAUUACUGGCACUUCAAGGCUGUAAAGAAAUGGCACCACCCCGUCGAACCUGUCAUGAUCCCCUCCUCAGCCCUUACAGAAACGAGCAUGAAGCUAUCCUCAGCAUGUUUCACCUUUGUGCGAAAUGAAAGGGAAGUCAGAAAAGAUAUGGUGAUGGCUGCUUCCGUGCAGUCACUCGUCCAUGCUCUUGGCGAGCCCAUCACACACCCCUCUUGCGAUCUGUGCCGAAGAAAACAUCGUACAGAUGUCUGUCGGAUGGCAGUCGGUGGGCAGAGGGCGACCGUUAGUUGGGCCUCACGUCUCGCUAAUGCCGAGGACAUCUUCAAGACGUACGAAUUCUCGCAUCAGUUGAGCCAUACUAGCAAUGCGGAAGACGUGAACCGAGGUGAUUAUGGAAACGAGUCGUCCUUGUCUUCUGAAACGGUUCAGGCACCACAGCCAGUCGCUUUUAUCUCACCAGCGCUUCCUGUUCAGAGCCCUCCUUUGCGUCGCCUGAACAUCCACGAGCGCCGCGAGAUUGAAUUCCAGGAACGGCAAAAACUGUUUGCAGAGCUCGCAGCCAACCAUGAGAAGGAUAUUCAAAGGCUCAGGGAACAAGCAGAGCUUGAGAUGAGAGCAGAAGAGGAGUUCCGAAAAGCCAUAGCAGCCUCUAGUGAUGCUACUGGUGUCACCGCUUCUUCUAGCUCGGUAACCUCGGAUCACUUACCUCGUUCACCGUCUUCUUCGGCAGACAUUGCGAGUGCCUUUCCCAGCUUGAGUGGUGUUCAUUGCCCGUUGAUUGACAAUGACGAACACGGCAAAGAUCACGCUUUGCUACGCACUCUUGACUACGAUGAACCUGCUUAUAAAGCUCUGACAGGCGGUACCCAUGAAAUACAGGAUGUACUGGAAUUACGCCAAGCCGCGGUAGUGAAGCCGGAGAGUAACGCAACCUUGCACUCAUGCUAUGGCGAGAUAGGUGAUAUUGAAGAAGAAAACUCGGGCGAUCCGGCAAACUGCCAUCCUACAGAGGGACGAAGCGACACAAUUGAUGACCAUAUUGAUCUCUACCUCAAGUAUUUCACUGGUGACGACGACUCAGUCAGCAACGUGAGAUUGCCAAACAUUCCCCCUCUUUCUCCCAUUACAAUUGCCGGCCUUAAUGCACCAAUCGAGAAAGUAGUACAACGUUCUAAACCUCGCCCUAGCCCUGUCAUGCUGAUGAAAGUGACUGAAUUUUCGCAGCCAAAUUACUUCCCUGAGAGCAACGGCCCGGGAAAGGAGAUCGGCAAGGGUGAGAACAUCGACGGCCCCAGUCAUCCGGAAUCGUUGACCUCAGUCCCACUCGCAGGACCGGAGAUCCGUCAGAGAGCGCCGCCGCGCCGGCCACGUGGACCCAUGUAUUGCCCAGAGCACGCCGGUGAAAGAGACCCAAAGUGUCACGGAUGUCAGGCCGGUUGCUGGGUUGAGAUUGGCUUGCCGCCCGGCGAACGCGUUGAGGAAGUAGAGCCAAAGCUGAUUUAA